AGCGGAAGGCACGCGGCCCCGCUACGUGGUCCAUUCCUAGUCCAGACUCCAACAUCGCCGGAGCGGAGGCGAGCACGCUGAUCGAUUCCGAUCCGCGCGCGAAUGGGCGACGCGGGGGCCGCCGCGAGGGCGGCGAGGGGCGACGGGGCGGCGGCGGCGGGCAUGCGGGUGUUCUCCCCGGAGUACUACGCGCUCUGCGCCGGCGGCGGGAUGCUGGCGGCGGGCGCCACGCACCUCGCCAUCACCCCGCUCGACGUGCUCAAGGUCAACAUGCAGGUGAAUCCGAUGAAGUAUAGCAGUAUUUUUGCUGGACUGAACGUUCUUGUGAAAGAAGAGGGACCUUCGUCACUUUGGAGAGGAUGGGGAGGGAAAUUUUUGGGCUACGGUGUUCAGGGUGGCUGCAGGUUUGGUCUCUAUGAGUAUUUCAAGAAGAGGUACUCUGACAUGCUACCAGACAGUAACAAGAGCACCAUAUACUUCCUUAGCAGUGCCUCUGCUCAAAUCAUAGCUGAUGUUGGCCUGUCCCCAUUUGAAUCGGUUAAAGUCCGUGUUCAGACACAGCCCAUGUUUGCAAAAGGCUUGAUUGAUGGCUUUCCAAGGGUGUAUGCAACCGAAGGCCUGUCUGGCUUUUACAGGGGGCUUUUACCUCUUUGGGGACGGAAUCUUCCAUUUUCCAUGCUUAUGUUUUCGACAUUUGAGCAUACUGUGGACUUCCUAUAUCAGAAAGUUAUUCAAAAGAGAAAGGAGGACUGCUCAACAAUCCAGCAGCUUGGUGCUACUUGUCUGGCUGGUUACAUCUCUGGUGCUGUUGGUACUGUUGUUUCGAAUCCUGCAGACAAUAUUGUCUCAUCCUUGUACAACAAAAAGGCUGAAAACAUCAUACAUGCUGUGAAAAGUAUCGGGCUUCGUAAUUUGUUCAUAAGAAGCCUGCCCAUUCGGAUCACCCUUGUUGGACCCGUCAUAACCAUGCAAUGGUUCUUCUAUGAUACAAUCAAGAUACUGACUGGAUUGCCAACGAGUGGUGGGCUCCCCCGUGAUUUGGAAGAACUUAACGUAUAAUCUGAACAGUUUCAGAUAGGUUUUGUGAUGCAUUUUUUGGUAUCAUACAGACAAGUAUUGUCUACCGUUCUGACUUGCUACGGGGAAGAGUAUGAUUGGUAGUUUCAGCAAACAAGCUACUGACCGAAAUACAUCGUGUUUAAGAUUUCUGUGGCUGCAUAUGAAAAAUGGCUGCCUCGCAUUGUAUGUUUCUGCACGUCUUAACCUUGAGCUUCAGCCCCCCUCCAGGUACAGCAUUGUGGUCAGGUGGUGCUUUACCGGGGCAUUCAUGAUGCUCAGUAUUUAUUAAGGUUGAUGUAUAUGAGAAAAUUAUGCACUCCUCAUGUAUACAUGCAACCUUGUAGUGUAAAUAAUCCUUUUGAAGAAUCGAGAAUUGAGUGAAAUUCUGUGUUAUGUUACUGCUCUUGAUUUUUCUUUCUGUCUUAUAGUUGAUACUUCUUGAAGGCA